AUGCUCUUCUACCAGAAAACAGCUCUCUACUCGCUCCUCCCAGACUUGGAAUACCCCGAGGAACUGGGUCAAUCGCCGUCGGGCAGCAGAUCAAGGCGCUUCCGUAUACUACUACCAAUUCUAAUCCUUAUCUUCGUCGCAGCAUUCGCAUUAUCCUUGGUUCUGUUGAUACCUCACCCCAUACCAGAAUCGUGUACUCAUCCAAGUUUCCGACGAGAAUGGAGGACGCUUAAUAUGGAAGAGAAGUUGUCUUAUAUUAGCGCCGCGCAGUGUUCGGCCAAAACCCCGUCCGUAUCUCUCAGGAACGAUAAUGCGUCCAUUCACGAUGAGUUUGCACUUCUGCAUGGCAGAUUUGGAAAUUAUCACUCUCGUAAUGCUGCUCCGUUUCUGCCGUGGCAUCGGUACUUCAUUCAUGUCUAUAAGCAGGCGUUGCGAGAAAACUGUGACUAUCAGGGCUCUUUACCCUAUUGGGACUGGACCCUCAACCACCAAGAUCUUUCCAGAGCCCCUGUCUGGAAUAUAAUCGACGGAUUCGGACCUAGCCGAAAUGAAAAUGGCUCCGAAGGCGUCGCUGGCGGAAAUUGCGUUGUUUCUGGCCCUUUCGCUGGACUGGUGCCGACCUUUUACGAGGGUUUCCGUGAUCCCCAUUGUCUUUCUAGGGGUAUGUUAGACGAAGAGACAGUCAGGGGAGUUGGGGAUCUAACCGUAAAGCCAUCCGAGCUUACUCGUCUCGCCAAUACCAACGAAAGCUACUUCGACUUCCUCAUUGAGCUAGAAUACACGCCGCACUUAGUGAUUCCAUAUAUUCUACAAGACCAGUUAUUCUACCUUCACCAUGCCCGAAUUGAUCGUUUGUGGUGGAUUUGGCAGCACCUAUCAGAGGCUAAUCGAAGUGAACAUAAUGGGCCAUCGACAAACGAGUCCUCCGUGGAGGGUGUGCUAAGAGAUUUCCUUGAUUCCGGGAUCUUUCGUCCGAUGCGGCCACGUGUUGAAAAAGAUGUCAUGAACACUGAACGCGGAUUGCUAUGCUAUCAGUACGAUACAACUGCAUGGGAAGAGUCGUAG